AUGCGAUAUGACCCCGCAAACGCAGACCCCGCAUUCACGACGCAUAUCGCCGAAACGCGCGAGGAGUCACACAGGGAAGAUGCUGAGAUGGACGCGGUCAUUCGGGUCUACACCGACGGGUCGGGUUACAAGGAUCAGGCGGGAGCCGCUGCUGUUUUGGUGCGAACGGAUGGAAUCCACGAACAUCGCCGAGUGCUGCGAUACCACCUCGGACCCCUAUCAGAACACACAGUGCAUGAAGCUGAAGCAGUCGGCAUCAUCCUCGGAGCACACCUCCUGUUAACAGAGGACCCCGAAUUUGCCUCACGAGACUCCAGCAUCAGCCUCGAUAACCAGUCCGUCAUUCGCGCCGCAGAGCACAUCCAGCGAGCGCAGCCGGGACACUACCUACUCGACCAAUUCCGAACGCUCACUGACCACCUGUGGCGAAUUCGUGGCACAGAGUACUCGCUCGAGAUGCACUGGAUCUCGGGCCACGACGAUGCAGAACUCAACGAGUUCGUGGACGGUCAGGCGAAGCUCGCCGCUGAAGGUCACUCAAGUCCCACAGACGACUUGCCCGCGUUUUUGCGCCUCCCUCUCCGCGUCAGCCUCUCAGCCACACGCCAGGAGUACACACGUCAACUCAACGAGCGCUGGAAACGGGACUGGAUGUGCUCACCACGCUACCAACGGCACAAACACUGGGCCCCUGACGCGGCAACGAAGCACCAUAUGAAGACGAUCGAGAGCCUGUCGCGCCGGGACAGCGCCGUACUAUCUCAACUGCGACCGGGUCACGCUCCGUUGAAUAAGCACCUACAUCGUAUGCACUGCGUCGAGUCGCCGACCUGCGACGCAUGCGGAGAGGCAGACGAGACUGUCCCGCACUUCAUCUACGAGUGCCAGGCGCGGCUGACCGAGCGACGCGCACUCCGCAAGGCUGCGGGCAAAAAUUGGCGAAACCAAGCUUAUCUGCUCAGCGACGCGACGGACGUGAAGACCCUCAUGAGCUAUGUACGGGAAACCGGACGUAUGCGGUGGAGUCGCCGGGAGGAGGAUGGCACUCAACAGGGCAGUUUCGAGGACGGGGAAAGGAAGGAAGAGGGAGAGGACGAGGACGAGGAGGAAGGAGCAGACCGAUCGAGGGGCUCCUGA